AUGUUCAAGACUGUGUUUGCUGUAUUGGGCGACUCAAUCAGAUCGACUGGCAAGGCCUUGGACAGACUAGGCUGCUCGAUCCAAGGCAACUAUGCUUACAUCGAGAAAUUGAAUAGACAUAGCAGAGUUAUGCCAUUCAGAGGAAACAUUGCACAUUUGGGAAGAGAAGCAUUCAUUGCUCCAAACUCUAGUGUGAUUGGAAGUGUUAGGAUCGGACAUCAAUCAUCAGUAUGGUACAACACUGUUCUGCGCGGUGAUACCAAUGCGAUCAUUAUUGGCACCAACUCGAUAAUCAGCGACCGUACAGUGAUCAACGCAACACGCGACAAGCAGACCACCAUCGGCACCAACGUCUACGUCGGCCCAGGCGCCAUCCUCAACGGCUGCUCGAUCGACUCCAACGUCGUCAUUGGCACUGGCUCCAUCGUCUUGGAGGGCGUCCGCAUCGAGUCGGGCGCCUCGCUCGAGGCCGGCUCGAUCGUGCCCGCCAACACCGUCGUUCCACAGAACCAGGUCUGGGGUGGCAGCCCCGCCCGCUUCAUCCGUCCCGCCACCCAAGAGGACGUUGCCAACCGCGAGCUCCUCCUCGACGAUCACUCCACUCUUGCUCAGGAGCACGAGGUUCAGAACCUCAAGUCAGCCAAGGAGCUGCACACCGAUACAUUGGACGUCUAUGCUAAUCGUCGCGAGCGUCCAGAGAACGUCAUUCACAACGCUCCAGCUCAUUAA